AUGCUCUUUAGCCUGUUUCUUCAGAUCGUGUUUGCUACUACUAUCUUUGCCGGUACCCACAAACGUAAAUGCCACCAUCGCGGUAACCAUCCAAAAGGUAUUCCUGUUCGUUCAUCUGGAAACCUCAAUCCAUUGCCCGACUAUGACCAAGGAUAUGUCACUCCUACACCUGGUGGACAAAAUCCUCUUGCAACUCCCGAUAUCUCUCUCGGUGGACUUUCGCCUCCUGGCUCGGGUAAUCCCGGAUAUGACCAAGGAUAUAUCACUCCUACACCUGGUGGACAAAAUCCUCUUGCAACUCCCGAUAUCUCUCUCGGUGGACUUUCGCCUCCUGGCUCGGGUAAUCCCGGAUAUGACCAAGGAUAUGUCACUCCUACAUUUGGUGGACAGCAACCUGCUGCAACUCCCGAUGUACCGCUCGGUGGACUUUCGCCUCCUGGUUCGGGUAAUCCCGGAUAUGACCAAGGAUAUAUCCCCCCUACGCUUAGUGGACAGCAACCUGCUGCAACUCCCGAUAAAUCGCUCGGUGGACUUUCGCCUCCUGGUUCGGGUAAUACCGGAUAUGACCAAGGGUAUGUUGUUUCUACGUUUAGUGGACAGCAACCUGCUGCGACUCCCGAUAAAUCGCUCGGUGGACUUUCGCCUCCUGGUUCGAGUAAUCCCGGAUAUGACCAAGGAUAUAUCGCCCCUACGCUUAGUGGAGAAUCUUCGUUUGCGAUUUCCACCGGAACUGUUUCUGGUGCUCCUAAAGCGACACCAUAUGGACUUAACCCAAUGCCCUAUGCUAUGCCCGACCCUCAAUCUAGCUAUUUUAGCAAUUUGGAUCCAACCAGCACGCAGUUGCCCCAUGUUAACUUGGAUGGAUUUUACUGCAGACCGGGUGUAUUUCCCUGCGGACCAGGCGGCAUUCCUCCAAUUGAAAUAUCCAAUCAAAACAACCCAUCUAUAUAUAACUCUCAGCUGAAUGGGCCUUUGCCCAAUUUCGCACCGGGAAGUUUCCAAAGUGAUAAUUUCAAAAACCUAAGCUUUAUGAUUUUCGGUGGUUGGGGUAAUCCCAACGAACCUGGCCAAUCUCUUGUCGCCAAGACUGCCACAGAACUGGCACUCAAAUCCAACCCUCGUUUUGUCGUUUCUGUUGGCAACAACUUUUACCCAACAAACACCGAUAACUACGAAGGUGUAAAAAGUUCUACCGAUUCCAAAUGGACCUCGGUGUGGAAAAAUGUUUAUAAUGGACUGUUGACUAGUAUCCCUUGGUUUUCGGUUUUGGGGUAUCACGAUUGGUUAGGUAAUCCAUCUGCUCAGCUUGACUAUUCAAAAAGCCAUCCAGCCGAAUGGGUGAUGCCCAACUUCUUUUUCGAGCGAAUUUUCCGUAUUGGAAAGAUUGAGGCGGCAUUUAUUUUUAUUGAUACAAACUAUCUGGCUUAUGGUCGCAAUUCUCCAAACGAGGCCAUUACAAAUAACUUUAAGCAGAUUGGAUGGGCAAAUAAAACCGAUAUGGUGAGUAUGCAGCUCGCGUGGAUCAAUGAUGCUCUUAAACGUCACCAGGGAAAAAAGUAUACGUUCGUGGUAGGCCAUCAUACGCUCGGGACAUGCGAUCAUCAAGGCAACAUGACCCAGCUGAUGGAUGCUUUUGAUGAGAUGCAGCCCACCGCCUACAUUUUUGGAAAUCAGCAAACUCUCCAGGCUACCACGCGUGGAAAAACCAAGUUCAUUCAAGUAGGUGCCUCGGGUAAAAAGGAGGACGCCUGCAAGGGAGCGGAUGGCUGGUCAGGAGGCAAUACAUACGGCUUUGCCAAUGCCAUGCUUACUGAAGACAACUAUCAGUUUGAUAUGAUUGACGACAGUGGCAAAGUCUUGACCUCCAUCAAAGGUUAA